AUGUCUACGAUUAUUGUACCGGGAGAUAAGCUUGCUAUAGAAGGGUCAUCAUUAUCCAAUACCAAAAUUGGACCAGGGAUAUACAAAAUCCCCAAAUCGCAGGAUCUCAUACCUUCCACUGCAGGUAUACUACAUGUACAAAAUCAAUCAAAUAGUAACAACAAGAAGGGUACUCAACUAGUCUAUAUAGAAUCCAACACCAAACGAUAUAUUCCGCAGAAUAAUGACUUUAUUAUUGGAACAAUUGUUGGCUCUAUUGGCGAGUAUUACAAAGUACAACUCCAGCCGUUUUCUUCGCCUGUGUUAUUAUCGUUUAUGGCAUUCCCCAAUGCUACAAAGAAAAACAGGCCCAAUUUGAAGAAUGGACAAAGUGUUUAUGCCAGAGUUGUUAACGACGAUAAUGAUGCGACUUUUGAAACUGAAUUAGAGUGUUUUGACUCUGGGAAUGCUAGGGAGUCAGGAGGAUUUGGUGUGUUGGAUGACUUGGGGUUGGUCUUUGAUUUGAGCUUGAAUUUUGCUAGAGAGUUGCUAUAUAAUGCUCAGCUGUUGGUAUUGCGACAUUUGGCGAGCCGGGUGCAGUUUGAAAUUGCUGUGGGGAUAAAUGGGAGAAUAUGGCUCAAAUGUGGUGAUGGUUUAGCAAGUAGAAAUCCAAGAAAAGAUGACGGCGAUGGCGAUGUAAAAAUGAAGAGUGGGAAUACGGAAAGUGGUAUGAGCGGUCAUAAUAAUAAUAAUAACGAUGAUGAUGAUGAGUUUAGCUUUAGAAGUAAGAAUUUGAAGAAUUUGAAGGAUACUUUAGCCGCUAUUGAUUAUUUAAAGAGAUGCGAGAAAGUCAGUCCCGACCAAUUUCAAAAUGAGUUGAAAAUGGCAUUCAAAGGUGUAUAG